AUGGAUUUUUCUAUUCCUCCCACCUUACCGCUAGAUCUGCAAAGUCGAUUAAAUGAAUUGAUUCAAGAUUAUAAGGACGAAAACCUAACAAGAAAGGGUUAUGAAACAAAAAGAAAGCAAUUGCUAGAUAAUUUUGAAAUCUCACAAAUGAGGCCUUAUACACCCCUUCGAUCUCCAAAUUCGAGAAAAUUGAAACGUUUGCAUAAGAGAAAUACGAGUUUGGCGUCAUCCAUCACAUCGAUGCCUAAUUCUAUUGACAGGCGCCAUUCUAUCUAUCGUGUUACAACCAUAAACUCAAAUUCUGCGCAUAAUACACCCACAAGACGCAGUAAAAGAUAUGCUGCUUCUUUGCAAUCCUCAUUGCAAGGCUCUACUGAUGAAAAUGUGUCAGCGAAGGAUGCAGUUUAUAACCCUAUGAUACCGUUACUACCAAGACAUCUUGAACGUGAAAAUACAGCUGGUGGAGAUACAACAAUGACAGAUUCUUUGCCGCUGAUUUUGAGGGGACGCUUUGAGCACUAUGAUGGUCAAACAGCAAUGAUCAGCAUAAAUGCUAAGGGUAAAGAAACGUUCAUCACAUGGGAUAAACUUUAUUUAAAGGCAGAAAGGGUGGCACAUGAACUGAACAAGAGUCACCUCUACAAAAUGGACAAGAUCUUACUAUGGUAUAACAAAAAUGAUGUCAUUGAAUUUACUAUUGCGUUAUUAGGUUGUUUUAUUUCUGGGAUGGCCGCUGUACCGGUGUCAUUCGAAACCUAUUCUUUGCGUGAGAUUCUUGAGAUUAUCAAGGUAACAAAUUCUAAAUUCGUUUUGAUUUCAAACGCAUGCCAUAAGCAACUAGAUAAUCUAUACUCCUCAUCAAAUCAUUCAAAGGUAAAACUGGUCAAGAACGACGUUUUUCAGCAAAUCAAAUUUGUUAGAACAGAUGACCUAGGAACAUACACAAAAGCAAGAAAGGCCUCGCCAACUUUUGAUAUACCGAAUAUUUCAUAUAUAGAAUUUACUAGAACACCAUUGGGUCGUUUGUCUGGCGUCGUCAUGAAGCAUAACAUCUUAAUAAACCAAUUUGAAACGAUGACAAAAAUUUUAAACUCGCGAUCAAUGCCUCACUGGAAACAAAAAUCUCAAAGUAUCAGGAAGCCGUUUCACAAAAAAGUUAUGGCUACGAAUUCAAGGUUCGUCAUUUUAAACAGUCUGGAUCCUACCAGGUCCACUGGUUUAAUCAUGGGUGUCCUUUUCAAUCUUUUCACAGGGAAUCUUAUGAUCUCUAUUGACAGUACCAUAUUACAGCGACCUGGAGGAUACGAAAAUAUCAUCGAUAAAUUUAGAGCUGAUAUUUUAUUGAAUGAUCAGUUGCAGCUAAAACAGGUUGUAAUUAAUUAUUUGGAAAAUCCAGAAUCUGCCUUUUCCAAAAAGCAUAAAAUAGACUUUAGCUGCAUCAAGUCAUGUUUAACCUCGUGUACUACCAUAGAUACGGAUGUAACCGAGAUGGUUGUUCACAAAUGGUUGAAGAAUUUGGGAUGUAUUGAUGCCCCAUUUUGUUAUUCGCCUAUGUUAACAUUAUUAGACUUCGGCGGUAUCUUCAUAUCUAUUAGAGAUCAAUUAGGGAAUUUAGAGAACUUUCCGAUUCACAAUUCAAAACUAAGGCUGCAAAAUGAACUGUUUAUAAACCGUGAAAAAUUAAAGCUUAAUGAGGUUGAAUGUAGUAUAACCGCCAUGAUUAACUCCUCAAGUUCCUUUAAAGAUUACCUUAAAUUGGAGACAUUUGGCUUCCCUGUUCCUGACGUUAUGUUAUGUGUGGUUAAUCCUGACACGAAUACGCUGGUGCAGGAUCUGACUGUAGGUGAAAUAUGGAUUUCUUCUAAUCAUAUUACAGAUGAGUUCUAUCAAAUGGAUAAGGUGAACGAAUUUGUAUUUAAGGCAAAGUUAAAUUAUCCGGAAAUGUUUGCCUGGGCAAAGUAUGAAAUGCCUAACAGUGAAUCACAAGCUGUUACUGAACAAUUGGACACCAUUCUAAACAUUUGUCCUGCCAAUACCUACUUCAUGAGAACCAAACUGAUGGGUUUCGUUCAUAACGGGAAGAUUUAUGUUCUUUCACUUAUAGAAGAUAUGUUUCUACAGAAUAGAUUGAUUAGGUUACCGAAUUGGGCUCAUACAUCGAACCUUUUAUAUGUCAAAAAAGGCAAUCGACCACCUCAAUUCACAAGUAACAGCAGGGCAGAUAGUGCUAAAACUACUGAUAUCACGAGCUUGAGUGGUGAAGUACUCCCUGGGUAUAAAAGGGUUGUUGAGUCUCACUAUUUACAACAAAUCACUGAGACUGUAGUGAGGACUGUAAACACUGUUUUUGAGGUUGCGGCAUUUGAAUUGCAACAUCAUAAAGAAGAGCACUUUUUAGUUCUGGUGGUCGAAAGUUCGUUGGCAAAAAUGGAAGAAGAAAGUAAAAAUGUCGAAACAGCAGAUAAUGCUCUGAUAGCGUUUACCGAAAAGCAGAAAUCCAAACUGGAAACGAAAAUGAAUGAUCUAAUUGACCAAAUUUUCAGAAUUCUUUGGAUUUUCCAUAAAAUCCAGCCGAUGUGUGUUUUAGUUGUACCAAGAGACACUUUACCUAGGCGAUAUUGUUCCUUGGAAUUAGCCAAUAGUACUGUAGAAAAAAAGUUUUUGAACAAUGAUCUCAGUGCACACUUUGUAAAGUUUCAAUUUGACAACGUUAUACUUGAUUUUUUACCUCAUUCAGCUUACUACAAUGAAAGUAUAUUAUCUGAGCACCUAUCCAAAUUGAGAAAGAUGGCUUUGCAAGAAGAAUACACCAUUAUUGAAUCAAACUACCGUAAUGGUGGUCCCGUUAAAUCAAAACUAGCUCUUCAAUGCAGUGGUGUCGAUUACAGGGAUGAGUCUGUUGACACCCGGAGUCACACCAAACUCACAGACUUCAAGUCGAUUUUGGAGAUUUUGGAAUGGAGGGUUUCUAAUUAUGGGAAUGAAACGGCAUUCAGUGAUGGUACAAAUACAAAUCUGGCCAAUUCCUCUGCUUCCAACGAUAACAACGUUCACAAAAAGGCAUCGUGGGCGAACUUUGGUAAAAUUGUUGCAGGUUUUUUAAAAAAAAUUGUCGGGUCUAAAAUUCCAUUAAAGCAUGGUGAUGCUGUUAUAAUUAUGUGUGAAAAUUCCGUCGAAUAUGUGGCCAUGAUCAUGGCAUGCUUGUAUUGUAAUCUGUUGGUGAUUCCUCUACCAAGCGUUAAGGAGCUCACUAUAGAGGAGGAUCUGAAAUUUUUGGUUAAUAUUAUUCAAAGUUACAAAGUAAAAAGGCUAUUUAUUGAUGCCAAAAUGCAUAAUUUAUUAGACAAUAACAAUGUCGUAAAUAAAUGUUUUAAGAGAUACAAGAGCUUAAUACCCAAGAUAACAGUUUUCUCCAAAGUCAAAGCAAAGAACGCAUUAACAAUAUCUAUGUUCAAGAAUGUCUUAAAACAAAAAUUUGGGGCCAAACCAGGUACCAAGAUUAAUAUGACACCUUGUGUUAUAUGGAUAAACACAGAAUAUGACGUGACAUCUAAUGUUCAUGUAACUAUGACACAUUCUUCUUUGCUCAAUGCAAGCAAGAUAAUCAAAGAAACCUUGCAGUUAAGAAAUAAUAGUCCACUUUUUUCCAUAUGCUCUCAUGCAUGUGGGAUGGGGUUUUUGUUCAGUUGUUUGCUGGGAAUUUAUACGGGUGCAUCAACAUGUUUAUUCGGCCUUACUGACGUUCUGAAUGACCCUAAGGAGUUCCUAAUUGGUCUCCAAAAUUUAAACGUGAAGGACUUGUACUUGAAUAUCGAAACCUUAUAUUCUCUGCUGGAUAGGGCCUCUAAUUUAAUAGAAGGAUUCAAAAAUAAAAAGGAUAGCGUAGGCUCUGGUAAAAACAAUACCUCUGGAUCAAUCAGAGAAGACGUUUUUAAAGGUGUUAGAAAUAUUAUGAUUCCUUUCCGCAAUAGACCGAGGAUUUAUACGAUUGAUAAUAUUCUAAAACGGUAUUCAACUAUUUCCUUAUCAUCUACGCAAAUAAGUUAUGUCUAUCAACAUCAUUUUAAUCCCAUUAUAUCACUAAGAUCAUAUCUAGAUAUUCCACCUGUUGACCUAUAUUUAGACCCCGUUUCACUAAGGGAAGGUAUAAUUAGAGAAGUUAACCCCAAUGACGUGACUAUAAGUGGUGCAAAUUAUAUCAAGAUUCAAGACUCCGGUGUUGUUCCAGUGUGCACUGACGUUUCGGUUGUUAAUCCAGAGACGCUGCUACCAUGUGUUGAUGGAGAGUUUGGAGAGAUUUGGUGCUGUUCGGAAGCUAAUGCAUUUGACUAUUUUGUUUGUAACAGUUCUAAGAAUAAGUUGUACAAGGAUCCAUUCAUCACAGAACAAUUCAAGAGUAAGAUGAAGAGUGAAGUGAACAAUACGUUAAGCUAUUUGCGGACUGGUGAUCUGGGUUUUAUCAAAAAUGUUAGUUGCACUAAUUCUCAGGGAGAGGCCAUUAAUUUGAACUUGCUCUUUGUUUUGGGAAGUAUUCAUGAGUCCAUUGAAGUUUUAGGAUUGACACAUUUUGUUAGUGAUUUGGAAAGAACUGUUAAAGAUGUGAAUGGUGAUAUUGGUAGUUGUUUAAUUUCUAAGGCAGGUGGAUUAUUAGUGUGUCUGAUUAGGUGCAAAGAACGUCAUAAUCCCAUAUUGGGAAACCUGACAACAUUAGUUGUUUCAGAAUUAUUAAAUAAGCAUGGUGUAAUUUUGGAUUUAUGCGCUUUUGUGAAGACCAAAGGUAUAGGUCCAAAAAACUCCAAUCUGAUAAUGGAGGUUUGGACAAAAAACAGAGCGUCAAUUAUGCAAGCUUGGUUUGAUCAAAAGAUUCAAAUAGAAGCACAAUUUGGUAUAAACUAUGGUGAAAAUAUUUCAAUAUACUUACUAUCAGAUUACGAAAAGGACAAUAUAUAA